CAACAUCCAAACGUAACCUUAGUUCUACUUGCUGCUGCACUUUCCCCUAGAAUAUUCCACCCUCCCCCCAAGCCAAAGCCCCCUUUGGCUGUUAAGCUGCCACCAAACUGGUUGACCAAACCUUCUGGUUAUCUUUCUCAGUCUCAAGUCCCCAGACCUUUCUUGCAGAGUUCAUGCCUCAUGGGGGCUGUUUCCAAAUGGACCUCUUUGAUUCUUAUUCUCCAAGCGUUCCUGGCACUACCAAGUUCUUCAAAGCCCGAAGAGUUGGCUCAUAUUCCAGUCAAUUUCCUGAACUUUGCUAAAAGACCAGAGGUUUUUGAUUGGAUGGUGGGUAUUAGGAGGAAGAUACACGAGAACCCAGAACUUGGGUUUGAGGAGUUUGAGACCAGUAAGCUAAUCAGAGCUGAGCUUGACCGUAUGGGAAUCUUCUACAAAUACCCGUUUGCUGAAACUGGUAUUGUUGGCUAUGUCGGGACCGGUUCACCGCCUUUUGUGGCCAUUCGAGCCGAUAUGGAUGCUCUUGCUAUGCAGGAGCUUGUAGAGUGGGAGCACAAGAGUAAAGUUCCGGGGAAGAUGCAUGCAUGUGGCCAUGAUGCCCAUGUUUCCAUGCUUCUUGGAGCUGCAAAGAUUCUUCAAGAGCAUCGCUACGAGUUACAGGGAACUGUUGUACUUGUUUUCCAACCAGCCGAGGAAGGAGGCGGUGGAGCAAAGAAAAUGAUAGAUAACGGAGCAUUGGAACAUGUUGAGGCCAUUUUUGGGCUGCAUGUAUCUGCUGCUCACCCUAUUGGUGCAGUGGCUUCCAGGUCUGGCCCUCUUUUGGCAGCGAGUGGUAUGUUUGAGGCAGUGAUUAGUGGAAAGGGAGGUCAUGCAGCCAUUCCCCAUCACACGAUAGACCCAAUCUUAGCAGCUUCCAGUGCAAUUAUUAGUUUGCAACAUCUUAUUUCGCGCGAAGCCGAUCCCUUGGAUUCACAGGUAGUUACUGUCGCAACGUUCGAAGGAGGUGGCGCAUUAAAUGUUAUUCCUGAUUCUGUUUCAAUUGGUGGAACGUUCAGGGCAUUUUCAAAAGAAAGCUUUAUCCAACUUGAGUACAGAAUUGAAGAGGUUAUCACAAAACAAGCAAGUGUACAGAGGUGCAAUGCAACUGUCACUUUCAAUGCAAAUGAUCAGAAGCCCUUUUACCCAGUGACUUUAAAUGACAAAGAUCUACACGAGCAUUUCCAGAAAGUUGCAAGGCAUAUGCUAGGUGACCAUAACGUAUUAGAAAUGCAACCAUCGAUGGGAGCAGAAGACUUCUCGUUUUAUGCAGAGGUGAUUCCCGGAUACUUCUUCUACAUUGGGAUGAAGAAUGAGACUAAAGGAAAGUUUAAACGGGGACAUUCACCUUACUUUAUGGUUAAUGAAGAUGCACUUCCUUAUGGAGCAGCAUUACAUGCAUCAUUGGUCACCAAGUACCUCUUGGAAAACAAGCCCAAACCUAAUCUGCCAAAGGCUGUGAGCUUUCGUGAUGAGCUCUAAAGUGAUGAAUUAAAGCAUGUGAAUGAAGUCUCUUGUUAUAACUAAUGCAUGGGGAAAUCUAUAUAUUUACAAGCUUGUUUAUUGAUAAUCAAA